AGUGCGAUGUCAACAAAGUCGAAACAUGCUCAUUCCAAAACUGUUUCGUGUCCCUCUUUUACCAGUAAUUUCACAAUACAAAUAUUUACACUAUGUUCAAGGCCAGGAACCAGAACCAAAAAUUAGAGAAUAUUUUUAUUACAUUGACCACCAGGGAAUGCUCUUUUUAGAUGAUUCGAAAAUGAAAAAUUUCACCUCGUGUUUCAAGGAGAAGAAGUUCCUUCAGUUUUUCUUCAAAAGAAUCAGGCAAAAUAACACUGGGAGAUAUCACGAAUUUCCAUUUAUAUCAUUAUGUGGCAGAGAAAGGAACUUCAUAAGAUGUGAUGAUGUCCCUGUUGUGUAUACUCAUUUAAUAACGAAAGAUGGUCAAGAUGUCACAACUUACGGGCAUGCCGGGGACUUAUUAAUUACACCAUUUAUGCCUGACAAAAUAUACAUGUUUCCAACAACUGGUAGAGUCUACCACCCCGCAGAAGAUAAUUAUGGUGGCAUAGGACUAAUCAGAUCGAAACUGGCUAUAGAAUUAAGUAAAAACUUUGAAUUCCAAAAUGGCGAUGGCAAACCCCCAACUCAUUUUAAUUGGAAAAAUAAAAACUAUGAAUUAGAUCAAUUUUGGUUCCAGGAGAACGUUAAAAAGUUUAAAAUGAAAGUAAAUGAAAAUCCAGAUUAAUUAAAAAAUUGUUUA